AUGUCGGGGCGCCCGUCGACGAACCCUAGCGUCUACCCCUUCGGCAAGGGCUACAAGCUCGGCCACCAGGGCUACGACGUGUCGCCCAAGGCGUACUAUGAGAGCAUGCAGCACCCCUCCGGCUCGCCGUACAUGCGCGCCUGGCAGUGGCUGAGGGCAAGCAACAAGCGGACUGUCGCUUUCGUGAUGGCAGGGGCGCUGGCUUGCGAACUGACGAUGGACAGCGUUUUUGGGAAGGUCUGGGACUCGAACAACAAGGGCAAGCAGUUCAAGGAUCUGGUCGGCAAGGGCGUCAUCGGGAACCACCCCAUCCUGGAGGAGGACGAGUGA